UGUAAGAAGAAAGAGGAGAACCACUUGCUCUUUGUUUUACAUCUCUUUUUUCACUCAUCCUCUGACAAGAAGGAGCUGUUUGUGUGGCUGUGUGAAGAUCAACACUCAGUAAAAGAUAUGAAUGCAGGUGCAUCAACCCAGGGAGCAAACAAGGCUGCUCCUCCCAAGUUCAAGCAGAAGGGGGAGGGGAGGACGUUCAAGAGCAAGCUCCCCAAGCCUGGCCAGAAGGGAUUUGACAAUGAUGUCCCUGGAAUGGAAGGUUUGGGAGACUCAGCCAUUGUGUGCCCAUGGGAGGCCUUUGGAGACAUGGAGUUGAGUGAUCUUGCCCAGUUUGGGCUCGUGUAACUGGGAUCCCCCAGCCAUUGUUCUUGUGGGCUGCUUCCCAGUGGCUUUUUUCCGCUCUUGAGUUUAUCCAUUCCUUGGGUGCAGACUCGGGCUUGAGAUGGGUCUAUUCCAGAGCUCUGUGUUGGGAAUCAGACCAUGUCUGAGAGCUUGCAGAGGGAUACAGAUCCUUUUGGACAGCAGCCCCCAAAGGCAAGGGCUAUAAGGGUUAGGCUAUAACAUAUGUAGGCUAUAAUGUAAAAAUAUGGUCAUAUCAUAUAAUGUUGACUUAUUAAGAUGGGGGAAAGAACUGAACAUAUUACACUGAACUAACUGUUCAUUGUUGAAAAUCAUUCAAAAGUUUGUAGUUGAUCCGGAUGUCAUUGGUUGCAAGGACUGUGUACGGGUGUAUCCACAAUUGGGACCUUGUUACAAGUUGGUCUUUCAGCUGCUAAUGCAAUCAGUAGCCGUGAGAAAACAUGUUAGACAACUGAGGGAUGAGAUGCCACACAUAAAAUGUACAGUCAAACAGAAUGCACAAACAUCAAUGGGAAUCCACCAAACACUGCAGGGAACCAUGUUAUUGUCAAUCAGCACUCUGCCACGCUAAGUCAGACCCUGCUUAUGAUUGUGCAGAGCAGAACAGAUAUUUGUAGAUAUGAUGCAGGACCUGUUAAGAGAGAUUGGCAGCUCAGUCUCCCUCAUACCUAGUGCCUACGGUGAACGAUGUAAUAGCAUAGUGCUGCUGCUUCUGAUGUGCAAGACAAGACAGGGUAUAUAUUCAUAAUGUGACAGCAUGUAUUUAUCAUUAUGU